AAAAUUACCCACCGUUCAAGUUAUUUUCAAGAAACGAAUUGACUUGUCGAUUAUUACAUUACAAAUAAACCCAUAGCCCUCCUUAAAACAACGCAUAUUUCUUUCUUAUGGCUCCUUCGAGUUUUUUCGGGGGAGGGGUGGUGAAUUAAAUCUUCUAGUUGUAUAACAACGCUCGUCACUUGUUAUGAAACCAAACGUAACGCUUGUCAGUUGUUAUGAAACCAAACGUGCUUGAAGUACACGUGAAUAAGGAGGAAAGACCAAGGAAACAAUGCAGCAGCGUGCUUUUUUAAGUUAUUCGCCAUUAAGAUUCACUCGAAGCAACGCCAUUAUGACCGUUGAUAUGGUUUCGCAGUGAAUGUGAAAGAAAGCGGAGAGAUAUUUAUGCUGCCAUCAGGUCUUCCAUGAGUUUGUAACUUUGGUAGGUGUCAUACCAAACAACCUUCACGUGCAGAUCGAGGAACACCAGGCAUCCAAAGUCUACUCUCAAGUUAAAGUUCAUGCGUAUACUGGGUUGAUGGAGUCGAGAGGGAGGAUCUAUUCGGCCUUUACUGAAUUCCUAAUUUGUUUUCCCUUUCAAGCGUCUUGCAAACUUUCUGAAGUCUAUUUCAGUAGAUAAAAUGCUUGAAUAACAAAAGGACAUAAUCAGUACAAAAUAUUUGCACGCCAAAAAGGUGUUGAAGUUUUCAUUCUUCUACUUCAGCCAGCUUGUUUUUCCAGUGAGAUAAGGCCUAAGAAAAUAAAAUGAGGAAAACAGCAGCUGGGAAUAGGAGUGUUUUCAAGGUUGCACUGUUCAGUGUACGCGUGACUCACAGGUAUCACGUUUUGGUGGGUGGAAUAAUAAUGUAUCUGACAUGACAUAUCUAGUUGUUUGUGAGUUAACCGCUGGAUUGAGCAACAGAAAAAGCGUGAGCCUUAUCAUGCAUGUUGUUUGGUUGGUUGGUAAUCCUUGGUAAAAUAUGUGUUGAUCGUGAAUUAGUCCGGAACAAUCUGAGUAAUUCUACUUGAUUUGUGAAAGAGCUCUUUUGGAUUCAAGGUGCACUAUUUAUGGCUGAGAAAGAAAAACACAGAAAAGCACUACAUUGGUUUCGUAAAAACCUUCGGCUUCAUGAUAACCCUGCACUACGUGAAGCACUGAAUGGAAGUAGUGAGGUGCUGGCGGUUUAUAUACUUCCACCUCAUAUUCCAACGAAUGGAAAGAUCAGUGCAAAUCAAUGGAAUUUCUUGAUGGAAUGUUUAGAAGACCUAGACAGAGGUCUAAGGUGUUUUGGCUGUCAGCUGCUUGUUGUACAAGGUUAUCCAGUUCAAGUAAUUCCUAAACUCCUGAGUAAUUUGGAGGUGUCAAAGUUAACAUUUGAAACAGAAAAUGAACCAUUUGGUAAACAGAGAGAUGCUGUUAUAACUCACAUGGCUGAGAGUGCUGGUGUGGAGGUUAUUUCCUGUUCUUCACAUUCCCUGUAUGACAUUGAGCAUUUUCUCAAAGCAAAUGGUAACAAGGUUCCAUUACUCUUUAAUGACUUUCUUGACAUCAUUUCUACAAUUGGACAACCUGAGCUUCCAGUGAAAACACCGAAUGAAGAAAGCUUUUCAACACUGAGAAAUAGUGAAAAUAAAUUAUUCAUUGACUAUCACAUACCAACGCUUGAAGAUCUUGGAAUUAACAAAUCUGAAGUGACCUGUAGAAGAAUUUGGCAUGGUGGAGAGACAGAAGCCUUGAAAAAAUUGGAAGAUCUUCUAAAGGAGAUGAUGAACACUGAUUUUCAAAUGGAGCCAAACAGUGAGACCCUUUUUCACAAUUCUGAGGACAAGCUUUGCCCAUUUCUCAGAUUUGGAUGCCUAUCACCACGGACACUGUAUCAUGCAAUUUCAAAUACUUACCAAAAAGCUAAGCAGUGUAAUCCUCCAUUGUCACUCUUUAGCUUCUUACUUUGGAGAGACUUCUACUUCUUGAUUGGCAGCAAAAAUCCAACUUUUCACCAAAUGGAAAAUAAUCCACUUUGCUUGCAAAUUGAAUGGGAGGACAAUGGUUUUGCUGUAGAGCAAUGGAAAGAGGGUCAAACAGGUUUUCCUUUUAUUGAUGCUGUGAUGCGCCAACUACGCCUAGAAGGUUGGAUUCCUGAUGUUGCUGCACAAGUUGUUGGUUAUUUUCUUACAAGAGGGUGCAUGUGGAUCAACUGGCAAGAGGGUUUUAAGGUCUUUGGAGAGAUUCAGUUAGAUGCAGAGUGGAGCAUAAAUGCUGGAAAGUGGUUGUCGAUUUCAGGAAGUGCCUUUGACAGAAUGAAACCUCUUAAGUUCAUCUGCCCAGUGGACAGUGGAAGAAAGAUAGAUCCCUCUGGAGAGUACAUCAGGAAAUAUGUGCCUGAGCUCCGCCACUUACCCACUAAGUACCUGUUUGAACCAUGGAAAACUCCUAAACCAGUUCAACAAGCUGCUGGAUGCAUAAUCGGUAAAAACUACCCCUUACCAUUAGUGGACCAUAAAGAACAGUUAAGGAAGUGUGAAAAGAGGCUAAUGGAACUGGCCCACAACAUGAGUACUGAAAGCCCAGUGCAACAAAGCAGACACACCAGUCUGCAUUUGUUUAGAAAAGACCUGAGGCUUCAUGACAACCCCACAUUGCGCUCCUGUUUGAACGGAAGCGAGACAUGCAAAGGGGACACACCAGUCUGCAUUUCAAAGCAGAGCAAAAUCUCAGCCAACCGCUGGAAUUUCUUACUUGAGAAGCAGAGCAAAAUCUCAGCCAACCGCUGGAAUUUCUUACUUGAGAGCUUAAGAGAUCUGGACAAUCAGCUAGAAAGACUUGGAUCGCACUUGUUCGUAGUACGAGGCAGAGAUGUGGAGGUGCUCCCUGAACUAUUCUCAAUGUGGGGCGUAACUCGCGUUAGCUUUGAAACUGACUGUGAGCCAUUUGGGGCCCAGAAAGAUGCCGUUCUCCGACAUAUAGCAGAGAAAUCAGGCAUUGAAGUUAUAAGCGAAACAUCGCAUACUCUGUUCGAGCCUAGCCAAAUUAUUCGUGCCAAUCAGGGAAACAUAUCGAUGCUUUUCAAGGAAUUUGUGACAGUGAUUGAAGAGAACAAGCUCAGUGUACCUAGUCCUGUCAAAGAAGUGAACAGACAACUUUUAGGGAGCUGUGUGACACCAGUAGCUGUUGACCAUCAGAGAGAGUAUGGAGUUCCUGAAUUGAAUGAGCUAGGAGUGAAAGACAUACGAUGUGUGACAAGUGCAGAGUUUUGGAGAGGUGGAGAACAAGAGGCUUUAAGACGACUUGGUCUUCUUGAGAAAGAGCUGGUGAAAAACGACUUUGAGGAGGUUCCGUUAAGUGCGGCAUCAAUGAGUUCCUCACAAACUCGCUUAAGUCCGUACCUUCGUUUUGGAUGUUUGUCACCCAGAUUGAUGUGGGAACGUUUUACAGAUUGUUAUGUCAAGUUGAAAGGCACAAUACCACCGAUGUCGCUUUAUGAACCUCUUCUGCUUCGAGAGUUUUUCUUCACCAUGGGAAGUACCUUCCCAGGUUUGCACAAGAUGGACAACAGUCCUCUCUCCCUACAGUAUCCAUGGGAGAAAAAUGCCGAGGGUCUCCAGCGGUGGAAGAAUGGCACCACUGGAUUUCCAUGGAUAGAUGCAGUAAUGCGACAGCUGCGAACAGAGGGUUGGAUUCCUCAUAUGGCACGUCAGGCUGUUGGGUGUUUUUUGACCAGGGGAUGCCUUUGGAUCAACUGGGAAGAGGGAUUCAAGGUUUUUGAAGAGCUUCAAUUGGAUGCUGAGUGGAGUCUGAAUGUGGGAAAUUGGCUGUGGCUGUCCGGAAGUACUUUUGUGGAAGAGCACGUGCCUUGGUUUUGUCCCGUGGAAGUUGGAAAGAAAAUUGAUCCUACUGGUGAAUAUGUCAGGCGUCAUAUCUCAGAACUUAAGAGGCUGCCUCUGCAAUAUCUUUUCGAGCCUUGGAAGGCGCCCCUCGUAGUUCAAAAGGCUGCCCGGUGCGUGGUUGGUGACGAUUAUCCAGAACCAAUAGCAAAUCAUAUUGAUCAGCGAAAGAUCUGUGUACGACGCUUGAAAGAUGUGUGCAACUCCUUGAACUUAUUAGAACCCAUCAGUCUUCACUGGUUUAGGAAGGACCUUCGACUUCACGAUAAUCCCUCUUUGAGAGACUGCCUUGUAGGCAGUGCAGUGUUCUAUGGAGUCUAUGUUCUCGAUAGUUGUGAAGAAGAAAAGUCCAGUCCAAACCGUUGGCGUUUAUUGCUUGAAUCACUAAAGGACCUAGACGCAAGUCUGGCCGAGUUCGGCUCGCGUCUGUUUGUAUUGAAGGGAAGACCCACAGAUAUCUUACCGUCUCUUUUUAAACAAUGGGGCAUCACUCGGCUGUCGUUCGAGGUUGAUUGUGAGCCAAAUUGUAAAACAAGGGACGAGGCUUUGACUGCUGUUGCCGAGAAAGCUGGAAUCCAAGUUAUCAGCCACGUGUCACACACCCUCUAUGACACUGAAGCUCUAUUAAAAUCACCGGACGCACAAGCACCCCUACUUUUUGAGGACUUUAAAAAACUUGUCAUGCAAUUUGGGCGACCUCCAGAACCAGUGCCAAGGGUUGACAGAGAGCUAUUUGGGUCGUGCGUGACUCCCGUAGGAAGAGAUCAUGAGACGCGGUACGCUGUCCCUGCUCUUGACAUCCAAAAUCUGCCUUUUAUUGGCUCGGGGUUUUAUCAAGGUGGCGAGAGGGAGGCGUUGUCAAGGAUGGAAGCAGCUUUAUGCGAGAUGAUAAAGAACGACUUUUGCGAGCCAUCGUUAACAGUCCGCUCGCUGAUGCCGUCACCGUGUCACCUGAGCCCCUACUUGAGGCUGGGCUGUUUGUCUUCCAGGCUCCUUUACCAGAAAAUGACUGAGGAAUAUAUCAAGAGGAAGGCUAUGAGUCCAUCCUUCGAUCUUUUCAACAAACUGUUGUGGCGCGAGUUCUUCUUUGUUGUUGGAAGCCAAGUAUCAGAUGUACACGAAAUGAUAAGCAACCCGCUUAAUGUACAGACCCCUUUGGAAGAAAAUCCAGAGCAUUUUGAGAAAUGGAAACAGGGUAUGACUGGUUUUCCUUGGAUUGAUGCAAUCAUGAGACAGCUACGCUCAGAAGGUUGGAUUCACGACAUCGCACGACGAGCCAUAGUCUCAUUUUUGACACGCAGUUGUCUGAGGAUUAACUGGCGAGAGGGGUUUAAGGUCUUUGAAGAACUUCAACUUGACUCGGAAAGGAGCCUCAAUGCCGGUCACUGGCUGUGGCUGUCCGGAAGUACUUUUGUGGAAGAGCAGGUGCCUUGGUUCUGUCCUGUGAAAGUCGGAAAGAAAAUUGAUCCAAGUGGUGGAUAUGUUCGAAAAUAUGUGCCAGAAGUGAGGAAUAUUCCGACGGACUUUGUGUUUGAACCUUGGCUGGCUCCAUGCGAACUUCAGGAAUCUUGCGGCUGUGUGAUUGAUCGAGACUAUCCCGCCCCUAUUGUUAAUCCCUUGGAGUAACAGGUUGUUUGUGUCCAGCGGCUUCUUGACCUUUCUUUCAAGUUAACUGCAACAUGAACUGUUAACUAAGUAUGCCACUUAUUACAAGUUAUCAUGGAGAUGCAUGCUCAGACCUCAUGGCGAUUCCUUUAUAUCUUGCUGUGCGAGGUGACUGCAGUAUUGAACCACUUUAUUUUCAAAAUUGCCACCAGCGUGCGAUGGUUUGUGUGUGUGUGUGUGUAAUACUGAAGAGCAAGGAAAGAAAAUGCAGUUUGACUGAUAAUAAGUAUCCAUCUGCCCAGUUUCUACUGUCGAAUAAUCCUCGAGAGGGAUUUGAAAGAAUUGUGGGACAAAAGUGUUCAUUUUGCGUUCAGGGAAUCUCCCAAGUGUUGCGUGUAGAUGGAAGUUAUUGUAUAGCACCUUCGUUUUAAGUUUUAUUCGCAAUUUAUAAGGUACGUAUUUCACUCAAAGGUUAGUUUUCGUUGUAGUGUAGUUAGUCUCGAGCAGCUACGAUUAUGAACUUUUUCCCUAACAGGAUGAGAUGCUGUUACUUUGUUCAGUUAUCUUAUGGGCAACCAAGCCGCUCUUAAAAAGGGUUUUGUAUGAAUAAAACUCAUUAAAUCA